AAUUAAGGGCUCCAUUCUCCAAGCGUCUGGACUCGAUCCAGUCUAUUUUUUUCUCAUUCAGCUCUACGGCCCCCAAGGCAAUUUUUAGAAAAGAUCGUACCUUUUAGUGCUCUUAGUACUAUUAGUACUUUAACUAACUUCCACUUCUUUACACCUCACUUGUACCCGAUCGUCUUGGCCCAAGGGUCUUUCUUCACGGACCCAUCGGGUGCUCAAACGCUUUGUCUUUUUUACUUAUUUUUCUUCUAUUCCCCAUUUUCGCCAUUGUCUCUUUUUUGAUUUUUCUGAUUCUAUUUUCUCCCUCCCUACCCGUUCUCUGUGCUACAGAGCUAUCUGGAGUUUCUGUUGCGCCUGUAUUCUUCCCUGCUUUACACCACUCAUGGAGGCACUGCUGGCGCAUUCGUUUGACUAUCUUUCUUCAUACGAGCCAAGCAAAGUUCGGAAAGGACUACGACAGGUUGAAGGACUCCUCGCACAGAUCUGUUUGUCCAAGUCGAAACGGCCGGCGUCUGACAAACGGCGGUCCCUCCUGUCGUUUGGAGCUCCGCAGCCCGUGCCCAAGUCCUUGUCCGAACUCAAAGAUGAUCCGGCCUUUAGAGAGUUCUUCAAGCUUCAAGAAGGCUUCCAGUGGAAUGUCGCAAUGCGCCUGGUAACAUGUCUCGAGCAUUUACUUGGGCGGGGCAGCAAUGGCACCAAUGACGCUCUUAUUGUUACCACCCUUGACCUCAUACAAGGUGUGCUACUGCUACACCCUCCGUCGCGCGCAUUGUUCGCGCGAGAGAUUUACAUGAAUUUACUCCUGGAUUUGCUCGACCCGAUCAAUUGCCCAGCCAUCCAAUCAGCGACUCUUCUCACACUGGUCACUGCCCUGCUGGACCACCCCGCCAACACACGCACCUUUGAGGAACUCGAUGGCCUACUUACCGUGACCUCGCUCUUCAAGCAGCGCGCAACCUCCCGCGAAGUUAAGCUGAAACUUGUGGAGUUCCUCUACUUCUACCUCAUGCCCGAAACUCCGAUGAUCCCGGUUAGCCAUUCGGCACCCAACACGGCCGUCAUGGGUCAUUCACGCAGUCCCAGCAAGCUUGGCGUAGCACAAGUCUCCAGGAGUGUCAAUGUUCCGGGGGCGUACGGCGGAGGGAAAGCACAUCGGGAUACGCGCACGACCGACGAGAAGCAAGCAUUACUGGGAAGGCAUUUGAACAAUGUGGAGGAUUUAGUGGAGGAUCUCAAGGAAACCGCCCCCUUCGGCGCCACUGUCUACUGAAACGUCAUUUUUGAGCGACUAUGGGUUCUUGUCUUUCUUGCUUUUGAUUCAGCGAUGGAGCUAGCAUGGGAUUCUUUUACGGUAUCAUGGCGGGGUUUUGUUCCUU